AUGCGUUUCCACGUCUUGACCAGCCUGCUGGCGAUGGCCUCCACAACCUCUGCUGCCAUCACAUGGACUUUGCAGAAGGCGUCCAAUCCUACUUCGGACCAGUCGGAUGCCUACUUCAAGAUCGAGGCUGCCAUGAAGGCCGCUGUUGCUCAUUAUGCCAAGUUUUCUGAUGCCACCAAAAGCCUCACAAUACAAUAUGAGCCGAGCGUUGCUACAGCCGACGGGAACUAUAAUGGAAACAUCAGAUUCGGCAAAGACAGGGCAUACAUGACAGAAAGAACAGCUAUGCACGAGAUAUCGCACACGCUGGGCAUCGGCCAAACGUCGGCCUUCAAUACAAAGUGCGCGGCCAACGACUGGGCUACGGCAACGCCGCUCUUGAGAUCCUGGGACGGCUCAAGUGCGAAAAUCAACUGCGGAGGCGGGCAUAUCUGGCCGUAUGGGUUGAAUUACGAAACCGAGUGGAGCACAACGAAUGCUGACAGGCAUGUUCAGCUGAUUGAUGCUAUGCUAGCAGAUGGGCUGUAG